AAGAUUGCGGGACUCGAGCUGAGCUGAGCUCGAGGCCAGAACCUUCACUGGGGAGAAAAAGCACAUCUAACAAACUAAGUUUACUUGGAGGGCCCGGGCGGACUUGUAAUUUCUCUGCAUAAAUUUGAGGGCUGCAGCGGAUCGGUUUGGGGGUGUCAUUUUUGGUUUCUCUCGUUCUCUCAACCACAAUCGUCAACGGUAGAGGCAGUGAUAAAGUACUUUGUAGUACAGUACGUCGUGAUCUCGUUUGAGCCCGCCAGCCAGCCAGACGUGCUAAACGGAUAUCCAUUGAGUGUGUGUCGUCCAAUCCCCUCAACUCCAUAAUAAUUAGUAUUAGUGGAUCGAGCAACAGCGUUUGAUCAUGGCGGCUCUGAGGACGAGGCUACUAAUGCUGCUUGUGGAGGUGUUAGUGAUCGGGAGUGAUCAUUUGCUAGCAGUGAAUGGUCAAGGAGAUGGUUGGAUAAAUCUGCUAACGUUCAAUGCCGGCCUCUCCGGUACAGCGAACAUAACCGCGUUUGCAGAGCAAAGAAAGCCUAAGCUCCUUGAGUCGAUCGCCGCUCCGAACGGACCGUGGUCAAACGCUGAUAUCGUGUGCCUUCAGGAAGUCUUCAAUCCCCAGGACCGCCUGGACGUGGUGAAGAAAGCUCGAGAUGCAGGAUUUACCUACAACUAUUCCACAGGUCUCCUGGAGACAGAGAGCGAGCUGGCAGGAAUGGCGUGCUCUGCACAACGCGACAGAUCACAUUUGGCAGUCCUGUCUAGGUGCCUGAAGAAGAACUGUCCCGACGCAUUGGACGUCACCGCUGCCAUACCUUGCCUGUUUGGCGAAUGCUCAGAACCCGUAACUGGUCUGAGGCAAACCUGUAUCGAGUGCCUAGGUGAUGUGCGAGGCUCUGGGAUUGACGACACUGCUACGGCCUGUACAUUGUCGUCACCUGCCAUGGACUACGCCAGCAACCUUGGUCUCAUGCUGCUCAGCAAGAAGCCAUUAGAGCACAGCAGCCUGACUGCGUUCUCCGACGCACCCACCCCUUUCCGACGUGGCUACAUCAGAUCGGAUGUCGAAGGAGUGGGCACCGUGUUUUGCGCUCACAACUUUCCAAACUUCGAGACUUUGCCACACCUGUACCCGGCGUUUGCGGCGCGCAACCUGAAGCAGCUGCAGACGCUGAUCGAUGUAGCCAGCGGCCACAACUCCAUCGUGAUGGGCGAUAUGAACAGUGGACCGGAGGUGGCAGACAGCGACGUGCAGGCCACCUUUGUCCAGUCGUACAACUACGCCACGUCCAGGGGCUUCGUGAGCCCGUACGUCGACCAGGCCAAUGCAGCACCCGAUUGCACCUUCUGCGAAACCAACCCAAUCAACGAAGCGAUUUUCAUGGGCUUGCCAAUUAACAAGACGAUCCUGGACCACAUCUUUAUCAACCCACAGGUGUUUGAAGUUAAUGCCGAUCAAACAAAGAGGGUGUUCACCGAGAACGUGAUCACCAUCGACGGCGACACCUCCAUCCCGCUGUCGGAUCACUACGGUGUCCAGGUGAGCAUCAGAGCGGCGGCGCCUGCGAUGCUCGCCGCGACCUCGUUGCUGCCGUGGCUGGCGAUGGCCGCUGGAUUGACCCUGCCACAGAUCUAAGUCAAAGUAGUAGUAGACGUUGAUACACUGUCACAGCCAGUGUCAGCACCCGGCUUCUCACACAUGAUGAGAGUCCAGUCAGCAUUAAUUUGGCAUAAUCCACGAGUCAGCAUCCUUGUUUGGGUAUUCUAAAUCAACAAGAUUUCCCGUGGAUUUUCAUUUUCCUAUCACCGCGGACUGUGAUGGGUUAUUUAUGGAUCGUUAAAAAAGUUUAAAAAAUUAUUUGCUGGUUUGCACUAUCAUAAUUAUGCAUGCAUUCUUCGUUUAGGCCGAUCCUGCCCCCCCCCCCCCCCCGACUCACCCAUGCCAUUAGCAUUUGCAUGAGUGUAUCAUUUGAACUGCUCCUUCGGGGACUGGGUAUGUUCCCACUAGUGCUAGCGUGUGGAUCCUUUACAGUGACAAGUGCCAUGGCAGACACACCGCAGCACUCCUCUCCCGCGUUUACCUUCAGAAGCUAAGUGCACUCAAUAAUCGUGACGGCUAUGUUUUAUAGAAGAUUCAAACUUGAAAGCAACUAACUUCUCAGCUUGCAUUGCAUUGGACAUACUCCGAGCACAUCGUAAAUUAAUUAUUGUGUCUUUGCUAAAUGCAUUCACGCCCCAUUUAUAGUCUUGCCAUGUUGACAGUUCUAGCAACAGCUUGUUUUCUGUAGUGACACGUUUUUCGUUCUGAGCUAAAUUAAAAUGCAUCAACCAGGCCUUUGGCCACGUGGUUGUGGGCACGUGGAUCACGACGUCCCAAGCUCA